GACUGCACGACUGCUGCCGGUGGCAGAAAAGGCGUUUGCCAUCGUCAAGGACAAGAACAAGACACCAUAUGCCAAGCUCCAUGAGAUUGCGCAGAUGGUGCAGAACACCGAAGGUUGCGGCGACACUUGGGCCAAGAUGCUAACUGUUCCCAUCGAUCUUGCGUAUCCGCAGCUGAAGCUGCUGGACUCGGACUGUGAGGUGGGGAUUGGCGCUGCACCACCUUUGCAAAUCUUGCUUGGCUCGAAGAUACCAGAUCGACGUCAAGCUUUGCGGAACCUGCUAAAGAAGGUCAACCAGUCCAAGAGU